GUCUCAGAAGGAAGUCUGACAGACGAGCGGACGGACGUGUGUCCACUGACGUUCUCGAGACAUCGCACAUCUUAGACUUGAUUUAGAAAAUCGUCCCCGGUACAUCGUUCGCACUCGGUAUCGCUCGACCGGUCAGUCGCAGAAUUUCGCAAUAAAGGCGAUGACAAUCGGCUGAGAGCUGUCGCGAUAUUUUUCCGAGGCACGUUAUGAUAUAAGAUCGCCGGUAAUCAGUGGAAUCAAUAAUUCGACACGCGCACCCGAGAGGAUGACAUCCUACGCGACCUUCCAGCAGUACGAUCUCCUGGACUCCGAGGGCUACGGAUCGGCCAGCAGUCCGGAAUCGAAUCCGCGCGGCAAUUGGCAUCAUCAGGAGAUCUAUCCGCAGCCGCCGCGAUCCCGCGGCAGCAGCUGCGGCAGCGUCAGCUCCGUGGACAGCCACCAUCAGCAGGAGUAUCAAGAGAUCGGCGGCGCGCCCAAUGGCAGCCUCCACGUGACCGCCGGCUUCAAUUUCGGCGGCGAUUUCUACGAGGGUUACUAUCAGGACGGUGGCUGUCGGAACGAGCAUCAACCGGCGAUGAACGGCGUCAGAAACGUCAAGGAUCAUCAUCCUAAGAUAAUCUUUCGCAUGAACGAGCAGUGCGCGGGUUACGACGAGGCCGCGUCUAGAAUGGCCUUCAACGAGGGUGCCGUGAGCAAGCAAGAUCCGGCGGGAUACAUGCAGAAGAUGGAGCAUCAUCCCGCCGGAGUGUUCACGAACUCCAGGAGCGACUUCGGUCAGGCUCAGGAGGCUAUCUACGCCGCGAAAAACUACGCCAAGAGCGGUGCCUAUCAUCCGCGGAACGAGAGUCAUCCCUACGCCCAGAGGACCGAUGUCCUUUACUUAGGCGCCGCUUACAACGUGCCGAGAAAUGAGGCCGGCUUACCGAACAGUCAGCCGAGCAAAUGCGACCAGUCGAGGUACCAUCAGAGGAACGACGGCCUUCACGUGCUGCCGGAAUACGCGGGGCAAAAAUCUAAAGAGGCGACGAUGCAGAAUAAAAACAGCGCACCGGGCAUCGAGGUGCUGAGGAAGAGGAGGCUGGCGGCAAACGCCAGGGAGAGGAGGCGAAUGAACAGUCUGAACGACGCCUUCGACAGACUGCGCGACGUCGUGCCCAGUCUUGGCAACGACAGGAAGCUCAGCAAGUUCGAGACGCUGCAAAUGGCGCAGACGUAUAUCGCCGCGCUCUACGAGUUGCUGCAGCGCGAAUGAACGCAGAUUCUCUCCUGGAAAGGAGACCGAGUGUCACCCGGGGAUCGCGGAAACACGGGGCUUACAAGUUUCUCAAGCGCGGAGAAGACGAGAACUUCCGAGUCUCGACGCUGCGAGCUUAACCGAAACAGAGGUCAAAGUCGUCUUCCGGGGAUUCUGAAGAAUGUUCCUGUAUCCACGUUCGAGCUUCUACCAUUUCGGGCACAAAUCGCCGCUGCUCAAUUCUCCGACGAGGCGCGUCCUAUCUUCGACAGACCACAACGUCCGCAGGUAAUGACGAAUUGUCGGGAUACCGAGAACGAGACAGCUCGCUCGCGGGGAGCAUGAAUUAACGAGCGAACGGGGAAUCGAGACUUCAUUAACUUGUAAACGAGUCACUCGACCUAGGCAGCAUCGGCCGUGAGUGGUACGUAAGCGGAAAAGUAUAAUGCCGGCGUCGUUAUCGGAGAUCUUCUGGAUCUCUCAUUACAAACUUGAUUGAUCUGUCAAAAAAAAAAGUCGGCAUCCUUUAUAUUAUCGUUAUUGAUAUAUAAUGUAUUAAUUUAAGAUUUUCAAUGUCGAUCACGUUCGAAAUGAAUAUGUAUGUCAUGACAUCCUUUGACGGAAAGAUAAUUUAUUUUGUCAUUUUUUUUUUUUUUGUAGAAAUAAUUAUUUAUUUUUCUAGAUGCAUAUAUUUUCAAAAAUUAAAUUUACUUUUAUCAUGUAACUUUCAUCCAAAUUCUACGUAAAUACUUGACAGAUUAAAUUAUUCCACCGACUUUCAAAAAUUACUUCUAUAUCACAUUUAAUCUUCGAGAUGAAUAAUAUACAAUAAAUUAUCUUUCGACGUCACCGAUUCACCGGCGGCGAUAGCUUACGUCAAAACUAGCCGAUUACGAGGUCGACGGGUAAAGAGCCCGCUUUUAAUUGCGCGCGUCAAGCUUAAUCGAGCGCGUAAGUUUAGCGCCGCGGUAAUUCAUCGCCGAUACUUAUCCCGGCAUCGCGGCGCAUCGCUGCGGGAUUCCGCGACGUUUUUUCCAAUCGGUCGCGAUAGGAUCAGAGCGGAGAGCGGAAAAAGGCGCGACCGGACCGGUCCAGGAUCCUUUCCCCGGAGGAGCGGCCUCGAAGAUCGUGACCGAUAUCGCGCGACACUGCGAGCGCGGUUAAAGUAUUUUGUGUUAACGGCAUUUUGAAUUAUUCAUAAAAUAUCGUUCGCGAUAAAGGCGUGAUUCCACGUUUUUUAAAUACAAUCGUCGGGGAGACAAGUGAGAGAAUGUCCGGCUAACCCGGCGCGGGGAUACCACUACGGGCAAGUGGGUAGAUCGGGGCGCAUAAAAUGUGAUCGUUGACUGUGGCAUCGAGAGCCGGGGCCCUCGCCGCUAUCGCCUUUGCCGAGCUAGAAACGGCGGGGGCGUACUCGCCUCGAGUUUAAUUGUAAAUAGGCACCGUCGUAUACAUUGUCGCGUUCGCGCACCGUGUAAAUAUCUGAUUCCAGGCGCGUCUAACUUAUUGCGAGGCUGUAUAGGUGAUUCUGUACAUAUGUGCACGCGUGCGCUGCGGGGGCAGGGCAUCGUCGCUCUCGCGUAUCCGCGCGCACGUGCGUGAUCGUUCAUUGAUGCCUCGGCGAUAGGUAUCAAUUGAGGAGUUCGCGCUAAAAGAACAUAUGAAUAAUAGAGAAACAUGCAGUUUCAAGUUCAAGACGGAGAAAAGCACGAUUUAAAAAAAAUGGUUCCUAGAAUAAAGUUCAGUAAAGAUAGAAAAAAAGGACUAAAGUGUCAAAUAAUUAAAUUAAAAACUAAACAAUUGGAAUAUUUCAUAUUUUUCUCUUUUCGGGUGAACUCCAUAUGAUUUUCCACGGGUUCCGGAAACAAAAAACGCUUAUUGUCCGCCUCGUGUUACCUGAAUUUAUUCACCUGUAGCUACUGCUCAAUGGCAAUUAUAAAGGUAAUUGUACGUAGUUACGCAUCUCGAGAGCGAUUGCGGCUCAACUUUUAAACGCAGAGAUCUCACGCUUACGUGCUAAUUAGAGAAGUGCGAAACGAUAAAGCCAAUUUAUCAAUAUCUAUGAUGUCGACGCUGUUUAUAUCCUGGUCAUCUGGUUAAUAGUAAUUACAAUUAUCGGCGAACCGCAAAUCAUUAUUAUCACCACCGUGUCUACCGAUAACAACUAACAACAAUUACGAUAACAAGCAGUUCCUCAUAUUUCUUGAUAUAUCUCGAUACGCAGAGCUGGUUAUUACCGUCGGGAUGAGAUCUAAUUCGAAAGGCCAGAUAUACCCGCGGACACAAUCGGCUCCUCGCUUCGAUCGGCCGUCGCGACGUACUUUUCGCCGCGAAUGCGAGACGACGCGUGACUGGAAUAAUCUCAUUCGGCCGCGAUUCAGCUCGCGACGCACCUCUCGCGCAAUUAGGGAUAUGCAAAAAUCGCGGGACAAAUGGCGGCGGCCGGCCACCUCCACUUAGCAGUCAAUCACAAUUAAAUACAAUUUUGCGCGGGCCGCGGGGCCCGGUAAUGGCGCAAAAAGAGAGCAAAUUGAAAUCUCCUAGCUGACAGAAUGAUAGAUGGUGCCGGCCAGACGUGAGAAGGCGCGAGAGCGACGGAGAGAGGCGCGAAAGAGACAGACGAGAGAAAAAGAGAGAGAGGGAGAGAGGUGCGGGACGAGGAGGACGAAGAGAGAAAAGCGGAGAAACAGUCUUUCUUCCAUUCGCGAUGUGAGAAAGCUCUUCCUCUCCUUUCUGCAGGGAGAUUCUGCGAGAAAGAACGAAAACACGGAGAAGUAAGCCGGGAGCUGAUGAUAGCGCCACUGCGAAGCCGAUUUCUCCCGCUAAUAUCGCUAAUCCUCUCCAUCUGUUGAAGAUGAGGAUCUGAUCUUUGCACGGAGCAGCGGUAAUUUAUAUCGAUCGGAACGGAGAGAAAGAGACGGGGGCGCGCGAGAUAGACGCUCAUUCUCUCUUCUAUAACUGCGGUCAUUACGGCAGCGCCGUUUAGAGUCGCAGAUUAGUUACGCGCGCCUCGAAAUAAAGCGCGAUGAUUAUUCGCGAUGAUAAGCGGCGUAUAAUCAUCAUAAUACUCCAUUCUCAUGUGGCCGCACAAAUGAGAAUUGAAAGCGAGGAGAUGAAGAAUCGCGAGGAGAGAUAGUAUUGUAAUUAUCAAUAUGCAAGGUGUUCCACAUUAUCCGCCUUUACGUUGCGACCUUUCGCAUUAAAAUUUUCUACAAAGCUAUAGAAUUCUAAAUCAUUUCUAUACAUAUAUAUAUAUAUAUACAAAAAGUACAGUAAAUAUUGGCAGAGAUUUUUGCCGCGAAGGAAGUUUGUGCAUAUUGCAAUUAUUAUACUUUUUGCAAAACAACGCGCAUUACUAUUGCGACUCGAGAAAAAUCUUACGCAGCGCUGCUGUAAUAUAAUACUUUAUAGUUGCCGCAUUCCGUGUUCCAUUACAUCUUCGUACGCGUGUUGUAAUGGCAGUAUUAUAAAAGGAGACGAUAAGUCGCGCUCAUCCACCUGCUCGGUAAUCAAAUCGCGGGAUUAAAUUGCCCACGAUUUCGCGUCUUCGCGCGACGAAAGGGAACUGCCUCUCGGGACAUUAUCAUUCAAUUGACGCCGCUACCGUCGCAGAUAAAUCACGUAUAAUUAGUGGCAAAACAACGAACUAACGCCAAUUAAUUUCGUUAUAAACAACGGGGUUUUUGUCCACGAAUGUAUUUUCCGCGCCGGCUUCCUCAAUUAAGACGAUAGAGAUUUAUUCGAUUCACGUGUCGAUCGAGCAACGCCGAGGAAAAAGCGAGAGGGGGGGAUGGUGGGCUAAUUAUUCACCGGCUCAUUCGCAGCAGUAGGGCUGCGUCGGAUGAAACGAUAGACGACAGAUAAAGGCAGGUGAAGGCGGGGAGAAAGAGAAGAGAGUUAUCGACGCGAAGGAAGGAAAUAUCUUAAGUAAUAUCAAAGCGCGAGGACUGGAUACGCUAAUGGCGAAACAGAUCCACAUGUGUGGGCCUCGGUCUCCCCCCCUCCUCCUGCAUCCCCCUCCGCGCGCGAUACAACAAUACACGCAAACGCUAAUCAGUCGACGCGCCAACGUCUUCAUCUACGCCGGUCGCGCAUCAGCCUCGCGCCUCGUCCCUCUAUCAGCACGAUUUGUCUUCCGUCGCGGCUUGACGCGGCUCCAAGGCCAAGGACGAAGUCCCGCAGCCGAGGGACUGGAAGCGGGAAAUUGAAGUUGCGACAGAACGAACCGGCUCUUAUUAGACUAAUCUAUUUGGUUAUUGCGAGCUGUGGCAAACAGCAUUGGCGUUUUUUUUUUUUAGGAAUUUCUUUCGGUGAUUUAAACACGACUCGCGUCUCGAGGAGGAACGAAGCGCGCGACUGAUAAUUAUGAUAAUUAUAUCGCAAUCAUAAAUAGUUAGAGUGAAGUUCCUACACGGAAUCGGCGUCUAUUCAACAAAAUUAUUCUCGCCGUAUCUUCCUACCCAACGCGUAUCUUCGCUAUUAAGUCGAAUCGAUAUAAUUUGAAAAGUUGGUAAAAAUUUUACCUUGAGGAGAAACUUUGCGAAUUAUGAGCGAGCAGCGUGAUUUCUUUUACGUUCGGUUUGAGCUACAAGUGAUUGAUUAUACUUGGAACGAUAAACUGGGCGAUAAACUGUGUAAAAAAGAUAAACUGCGAUCGCGAUCUACCUGUUGUACAAUGAUCUCCUUUGUGCCUCCCCUAGGCACGAAGAAAGAUAAUUUUCCUCUUCGCGGCAAUCUCGCGCACGAAAGGGGGAACUUUUUCGAAGACUGUAUUUUGCAUUGUUAGCACUGCCGCCAAGUACCUUUGUAAAUAGAUUGUUUUUUUUUUGUACUUAGAUACGAGAUAGGCGAUAAGAUUUAGCUCUAAGCGGUCCCUAUAAGAUUAAUGAAAUAAAUUCCCACCAAUAAUGUUCCUCGACCAAGACCAAAUGUAUUUAAGAAUGUGCAAUGUUAAUAAAGAA